AUGGAAGGAAACUAUCUAACUAGAAACAGAAAUAAAGGGGAAAGCUUUGGACUGGAGGAGCAUACAUGGGGAACUUCAUGGCCUGUGAGAAACUAUGCUUGUAGUUUUUGCAAGAGAGAGUUCAAAUCUGCUCAAGCUUUGGGUGGUCACAUGAAUGUUCACAGGAGGGAUAGGGCAAGAUUGAGAUCAUCCUUAUCCUCAUGGGUUUCUGAGUGUCCUAAACCUAACCCUAGUAUUAAGCCUAAUAACCCAAGUCAUCUUUCACCUUCCUCACCAUCAUAUCUAUCUGAUAAUAAGAUUUUGAAUUGUGCACAUCAUUCUCCACUUUAUAGCCCUUGUCUUACAUUGUCUUCUUCCCUUUCCCUAGCUUCUACCAGUGGAGAUAAGAAACCAAGACUCCAAUCUUCCCAGCUUCCUCUUUUGAGUCCUCAAAGCAGGGAAAUUAGGAGUGCUUUAGGAGUUGAGGAAUUAAAGGGUUGUGCACUUGAGGAUGAACACAAGUUUUUCAAGAAUAAUGAACACAACAUCACGUUGGAGUUGGGAAUAGGAUUGCAUAAACACCCAAAGGAGAAGUUAGAUUUGGAACUUCGAUUGGGGCAUUUCUAG